AUGGCGUUAGAGGUGAAUACAAAUCAUCCACUUUCAUCUUUAGACUCAGAGAUCUUCACGCAACCAUUACAUGAAAAAUCUGUGCCAAAUCAUCUUGUCGAAACAAAAAUAUUUGGCCAGGUUGCUCAUAAUGCUGUAAUUGAAGCUAAACCGUCCGAAGUUCAUUUCGCAGGAUUUCAGAUCGGCAAGACAGAAAAAUAUAAAUUGAAACUUACCAAUAUCUCGGCGGAUCCUCAACGUGUUCAUAUUAUACCGCCAACAACCUCAUAUUUCAAAAUAAGCUAUGAAAAACAGGCCCGUCUCGUUCCUGGUUUAAGUAUUGAAGUCAAUGUUGAACUUUUCCCAAAAGAUUGGAUCUAUUACGAUGACUGUUGCGUGGCAGCUAACAGCCAGGAAGACAUCGUCGUUACUUUUACCCCGAAUGAUUACGCAACCGCCCACAUGAAAUUUCAGCUCUUAGUUUCGCAAUUCAAUUCAGAAUCGUUUGUAUGCACGGUAAUAGGAUCGUCAGAACCUGGACUUGUUAGGAAAAAAUUAAUAGAAGAACAUGAAAAAGAGAGUAGUCAAACUUUUCAAGACAACGAUAUCAUAACAAUUCCUGGCUAUGAUUCUAUAACUGAUCCAUCGUUGCUGAAGCCAUUAGAACGCUCAAAGUAUAAGAAAGCUAUGAAGAAGACUGUAAAGGUUCAAUCUGGUCUUAAGCCAGGACAGAAAAUACUAUCGCACAGUAGGGUAGAAUGGUCAGCAACCAUAACAAAGUCGUCGCCGGCUCUGCUAUGCGAGAGUUUUAAUUCAUGGAAUAGUCAUACUCUCGGAUCAUCAUGUGUAUCCUUAAUCUGUGUCUCAUUUAAGAGACAACAGGGCAUGGAAGAUAUGAAGGUACCGCUUACCUUGAGUUGUCCUAGUGAAGUAGCACGCGUCCUAAAUCAAAAAGACGGGAAAAUGAAUGUUAAAGAAUUAAAACAAGCUGUUGAAGUAGUCUCAAAAUCGGAAGCUAACAGGCAGCUGAAGGAGGCAUUUUUCGAACAGCAAGUGCGUCAAUUUGUUAUGGAAGAAAGAGCAAAUCAACUACGCUGGAUGGUACAUCGAGGAGAUGAGAAAAUGACAAGUGAGCAACAGGAAGUAAUUCUAAAAAGCAGACAGCAUUCGGAAGAAUCAUACAAAAUAUUUCGAAAAGAAUCCAUAACAUUAAAUGAAAGUAAUAGGAACGCUGUAAAUUGUUCGUAUCGUAGAAUAUUUAGAAAUGCAAACGAGCUACCAAAUUGUCAGCCAUCAUUUGACGUUUACAGUAACGAUAAUUGGGCGAAACGACAUUCUGUUUUACAACGAUUUAUUCAAGCUGCCCGAAAGAUUAUUAUAAGAGAAAGAGCACAAAAGCAUCUAGAAUCAUUACAAGUUCUUGUCGAUAACUGGCGACGUGGACAUCAUCGCCCUAUAUCGCCUGCGACAGAUGAAGAAGGAAGUUUCGAAUCUUUAGAUGUAGUACCGCUAUCUAUACGGCCUGAUCGAGUAUUAAAAUUUCGAAUACCUGUCUAUUCGGUGAAAGACGAAAUGGAACCUGAUGCAAUUGGUAAAGUGCAAACAGACACAAACGGUCUAACAUCAAAACAUUUACUUUCGUACUUUGAUCUCAAGGUGCCACAGCAAUAUCGCGUUAUGGGCUAUCAGCCACAUGCCAUUCAAUCUUCUCUUGAAGGAUAUAUCACCCCGAAUACUUCUGUAUCACUACGUGUUGGAGCAGAGGACGAACUAAUUGGUUUGCCAGCAGUUGGUGCAAAUUCUGCUGAUUAUAAAGCUAACCGAGUUGAUGCUGAUUUAAAAGUACCUGAAACUAAAGGUAUUGAAAUAAAAACGAUUAACGAGGAACCGAACGAUCUUGAUGAUAUCGAAGAAGGUGCAGAGGAACGACAAAUGGUUGAAAUUCCAAUGGGGAUUCUCAAGCCAGUAGAAUACCCUCCUAUGACCAUCUUUAAUCCAUACCCUGGAAUAAAAGCUUAUUACCCGCCGUUAAAGUAUUCUGAAAUUGAUGAAGAUUAUUACUUUUGUCCGCUACCAAGAUUUAAGCAACACACGUCUAUGAACCCAACUGGCAACCAAAAUGCAAAACCUUUCUUAGAUAGAAAGAGUGUCAUUCCAGGUAUUAUGAAAUGGAAAAGAUUUUCUAGUCAGAGUCUACUGGCAUUAAAUUCUACGCCCACUAUUUCAAGCGUUUGGGUGCCACGAUGGACUGAUCCAUUUGAUGACGAUCUAUUACCUAAAGAAGGACCUCCAUUAUUAACUGAAUUACCGGAAGAUGAUCGUAUAUAUUUGGAGGAUAAGGAAGAGAGAGAUACUGAUAUUCCAUUGCUGACACCAGAGAUGGUAAGAGCAGAAUUUCCAAUUCUUGAGGAAAUUGAGAAAGAUAGAGAAGAUUUCAGUGUUCCACUGGAAAAUAAUAAAUUACCGACUAGUAAUAUCCCAGUUGGUAAAUAUGGUCUAAAAUCAAGGAUCGAUAAGACUAGAAUGUUCAGAUAUACCUUUCGAUGCAGACUGUUUGAAAAGUUUUUACGCGCUUAUAGCAAAUAA